CCGAACCAUCUUAACAAAAUCGCUUCUCUCUCUCUCUUUAUUGUUGCUUAUCCAUUCUCUCUCUCUUCCUUAAAUCGAUCCUCUCGAAUUCGAGAACAGAGCCUUUUGAUUCCAACCCUCUCUCCUGUUCUCAAUUAGUGGGUCAAAAGAGGGAUUCAAAAAAUGACAGGCUUCUCUGUGUCUCUUAUCGUGUCAAACUUAUCAAACGUCGCCUCGUACCUAUCUCCCAUCUUCGAGACCAUCCCGUCUAAGGUUGUUCCAGCGCAGAUCGAGAAGGUUGUCUCUCUCGUCUCUCGCACCGGGAGAGAUUUGCAGCGUUACGAUAACGCAGGGUAUCGUCAAGUCGUCGGAUGCGUUCCGUACAGAUACAAGAAACGACAAUGCAAUGGAACCGAGACAAAAGAGAUCGAACUUCUCCUUAUCAGUGCUCAAAAGGGCAAAGGAAUGUUAUUCCCAAAAGGAGGUUGGGAGAUUGAUGAGUCUAUGGAGGAAGCAGCUUUGAGAGAGACGAUAGAGGAAGCUGGUGUAACGGGAGAGCUCGAGGAAAGGCUUGGGAAAUGGCAAUACAAGAGUAAAAGACAGAGCGUGAUUCACGAAGGUUACAUGUUUGCGUUGCUUGUUGACCAAGAGUAUGAGCGGUGGCCUGAGGCGGAGACUAGACAACGGAGAUGGGUUGGUUUGGAUGAAGCGAGAGAGGUGUGUCAGAACUGGUGGAUGAGAGAAGCUCUUGAAGUAUUUGUUAACCUGAAGUGUAAGGCCGAGGAGGUUGAGAUUGAAGCUAAUGAUGUUUAGAGGUUGGUGGAACAGAGCUUUUAGACUUAGUGUCCACAGGGAUCAGAAGAAGAAGCUUACUGGGGAGGAUUCAUUUGGUCACAGCAUCUCUCUGUCUCUUGAGAGUUGUGGAAAAGUUUUGAUUGUAUGAAAAUAAGAUGUCAACUAUAUACUCCUAAUUUUAUUCAAUCUUUUUGUAUUUAAUGAUUCAUUUAUUCUUUGAUUGUGAAGAAAAUGCUAGUCAUUUUCCUCUUUUUUUUGUACUAUAAGCUUCUAUAGGAACACAUUUAGUGUAAGAAAGUAGAUUUUUCUUCGAAA